AUGCGGCUGCUCCAGCUCCAAGAUGGUGUUUUGAGCCUGACAAAAGAUUCUGUGGACAAUAUUCCCCCAUACGCGAUUCUCUCGCAUACAUGGGGAGAGGAUGAUCAGGAGGUCACGCUGCAAGAUGUCAUGCAGGGAAAAGGCAAAGACAAAGAGGGAUAUCGAAAGAUUGAGUUUUGUGGCAAGCAAGCCACCUCGGACGAUCUUCACUAUUUCUGGGUAGACACCUGCUGUAUCGACAAGUCAAGCAGCGCAGAGCUUCAAGAAUCUCUCAACUCUAUGUUUCGCUGGUAUCAAAAUGCCGCGAUAUGCUACGUGUACUUGGCAGAUGUUCCAAGGAAGGCCGAAGUCGAUGACCUACGCCGAGCAGACUGGAGGUUAGACCUACGGACAAGCAGAUGGUUCCGUCGAGGCUGGACACUUCAAGAGCUACUUGCUCCAUCAACAGUAGAAUUUUUCUCAUCUGAUGGGCAAAAGCUGGGUGAUAAAGCAUCGCUGGAAUCACUGCUGAGCGAAAUCACCGAGAUUCCUGCCACAGCUCUUCGGAACAGUCAUCUACCGACAUUUAGUGUGGAAGAGCGGAUGUUGUGGAUAAAAAGACGCGAAACGAAAAAGGUAGAAGACAUGGCUUACUCCUUAUUCGGCGUUUUUGACGUUCAAAUCCCGUUGCUUUACGGCGAAGGGAGAGAAAAAGCAUUUGGGCGGCUUCGACGGGAAAUUGACAACCAUGAUUACCAAACGAGGGUAGUCAGUAAACUCCCAAUUGCCUCUGGAGCUGCUUUUGAUUCUCACGCUGAAGAACACAAUCCUACAUGUUUAAAAGGUACUCGAGUUGCACUACUCUCUCAAAUAUCCGAAUGGGCUGAUGAUCCGCAAACCGAGGCAUUGUUCUGGCUUAAUGGCAUGGCGGGCACAGGGAAAUCAACAAUUUCGCGCACACUGGCAUCGACUUAUGAUAGAGAUGGUCGUCUUGGUGCCAGCUUUUUCUUCAAGAAAGGUGAAGCUGAUCGAGAAGGUGUUUCGAAGUUUUUCACCACCAUUGCGGCCCAGCUGGCCCGAUACAUCCCAGCAACUGCGCAGCAUAUGCACAGUAACAUCAGUGCAGAUCCUGCCAUAUUGGAAAAAUUAAUGCCAGCGCAAUUCGAAAAGCUCAUUUUGCAGCCCUUAAUAGCUAGCAAGAGUGCUCGGUCACGCUUAAUCAUCGUGGAUGCGCUCGACGAAUGUGAAGUUGAGAAAGACAUGACGCUCCUCAUCAAGCUUUUCUCGGGCGUUAAGGAAAAGGUUCCUGGACUGAAGGUUUUCAUCACCAGCAGGCCAGAGUUACCCAUUCGACUUGGCUUUAAGGCUACCAAAGGCGCCUACGACAAGGUGAUUCUUCAUGAAAUAGCUGACUCGGUGAUCGAACAUGACAUAACUGUAUUCCUUGCGCAUGAACUGGGACAAAUAAGGUACAACUACAACGAGUCUGUCGAUGAACAGGAACGACAGUUGCCAGCUACCUGGCCUACACAACAAGAUAGUCAGGAUUUAGCUAAUAUGGCAGUUCCACUUUUCAUCUCCGCAGCGACGGUCUGUCUCUUCAUCGCAGAUCGAGUAGGUGGCAACCCUCGGAAAAAGCUUGAGAGAAUUUUGAAAUACAGAGCUCGAGUUCCAGGAUCCAAUCUUGAUGCUAUGUAUUUGAUAGUCCUCGAGCAGCUAUUUGCAGGUCUUCCUGACCAAGAUUCGCAGGAGGUUUUGGCGCAAUUUCGAAGAGUCGUUGGUUCUAUCGUGGUUCUUGCGAGUCCUUUAUCGCCAUCUGCAUUGGCACGAUUGCUCGACCUACCAAUGGAGGAUGUCUCAGACCUUCUGGACCUUCUACAUUCGGUGCUCAGAAUUCCGUCAUCAUCAAAACAACCCAUUAGGCUGUUGCACCUAUCAUUUCGCGAUUUUCUCUCAGAUCCGAGGCAAUCACAAAAAAAUCCAUUUUGGAUAGACCAGAAAAAAAUCCAUGAACAAUUAGGAACUGACUGCUUUCGUAUAUUGAAACAAUCACUUCGAAAUGACAUUUGCGGAGUUCACCAUCCAGGAACGGAACAUUCUUCUAUCGACCCAGAGAAAAUUAGCACAAUGUUGCCCGAUGAAGUCCAAUAUGCAUGUGAGCACUGGGCAUACCAUCUACAUGAAUCUAGUAUAGAUAUAUUGGAUGGUGGCGAAGUGCAUACGUUCCUCUCUGAGCACUUUCUCCAGUGGCUAGAGGCUUCGAGUCUGAUCGGGAGGCUAAGUGAGAGCGUGAAUACAAUAAGGAUUGUGCGGAACUUGGUGCCGGCCAGUUCAACAAUUGCGUCGUGUUUAGACGACGCUAUUCGAUUUAUUCUUGCUUUCGUCCCAAUUAUCCAACAGGCCCCCCUCCAAGUAUACUCAUCGGCACUUAUAUUUGCACCUCAAAACAGUAUAAUCCGAUUGUGGUUUGAAGAUCAAAUACCGGGGUGGAUAUCUCUACAGCCAACGGUCCCUCUCAAUUGGAGCCCAAACAUGCAGACGCUUGAAGGCCACAGACACUGGGUAAGCCUGGUUGUCUUCUCACCCGACUCGAAGCUUAUAGCCUCAGACUCGGAGGAUGAUACCAUCAAACUCUGGGCCGCUGAUUCAGGCGCUCUACUGCAGACGCUAGAGAGUCAUGGCCAAGGGACAGAGUCACUUGCAUUCUCCUCCGAUGGGAGUACCCUAGCUUCGGUGUCAUCCAAUGGGACAAUUCAGUCGUGGGACGUCCGCACAGGCGAGCUACUCCGGACACGAAACAUCGGGUUCGCGGGCAGUUCACCUGCUUUCUCAACUGAUAUGAAGCUUUUGGCAACAAAAUCAGGGUAUGACCGGCUCCAAAUCUGGGGGACAGGUACAGGCGCGCUGCACCGGACUCUCGAGAUUCAUGGUGACAACAUGAAAGUAGGAGGGGUCGCAUUCUCAUCCGAUGCGAAACUCGUGGCCGCGUGCUUUGGAACCCGCAUUGUCUUGGUUUGGGAGACCGGCACGGGUACGCUGGUAAAAGCAAUUCGAGAUUUCACUGGCGCCCGCGCUCGGGUCCGGUUGGUUUCGUUCUCGCCCAAUUCGAAGGUUGUGGCAUCUGCUACGCAACGUUCUAAUUAUGGAGUUGACUUUCUUACUGUCCGCAUCUUGGACGUCGAAAACGGAGUGCUACUACACACGUUUGAUUGCAAGCGUAAUCCAAGCUCGGUCGCAUUCUCUCCUGACUUGAAGCUCGUAGCAUUAGCGUUAUAUGACGGGACAAUCGAGCUCAGGGCCGCCGACACUGGCGAUAUGCGGCAGCUUCUCGAGGGCCACAGAAAGGAGGUUCUCUCAAUUGUAUUCUCGCCUGAUGGGAAGCUGGCGGCCUCGGGCUCAGCAGAUAGGACUCUCCGGCUGUGGGAUGUUAACAUACACGCGCCGGCAGAGACACGCUACGGUGGCCGCCCCAUCAACCGUCUCUCGCUCUCUCCUGAUAAGAGAACUAUGGCUUCAGUAUCAGACAACCAGACUGUCCGGCUCUGGGACACUUACUCAGGAAUACUACAACAUACACUUGAAGGCCACAGCGCGUUUGUGCUGGCAGUUAUAUUCUCACCAGACGGGAAGAUGGUGGCCUCAGGCUCAAGGGAUGGAACUGUCCGACUUUGGAGCGUUGAAACAGGCGUCCUUAGAUAUACUCUCAAAGAUUAUGACACUUCUUUCCCUGGUCUUGGGCAAAUAAUUAGGUUCUCAGCCGACUCGAAGCUUGUGGCGAUAGCAUCAGAGUCCCACUUUCUGCUUCGGGACACCAAUCCAGAUCCUAAAAUACCUGUAUACGUAGCUUCGCUUGUGUUAUCGCCUGACUCGAAACUUCUAGCCGCAGCAUCACGUGGAGCCACGGUGCUAUAUUCCACCGUCCCAAUCCCCGCAUUAUCGAACAACUUCGUCGAAUCUUAUUCCUUAGUGAAACACCGGACCAUCCAAGGUUUUACUGGAUCAACAUCAGUGUUCUCACCUGACGGGAGGUUACUAGCAUUGUCGUUGCAUGGUGAGAAUAUUUGGCUUUGGGCUACUGGCUCAGGUAGAUUACAGCAUAUUCUCGACAGUCACGGGGAAACUAUCAAUCAAGUCGCGUUCUCACCCGACUCAAAAUGUGUGGCCUCGGCAUCAUUGGACAAGACCGUCCGGCUGUGGGAAACUGGCACAGGUAUCCUAUAUCGCGUCCUUAAUAUCGGUUUCUAUUCAACAAGUCUUACAUUUCUUACUGCCAACAAACUCCAAACUGAUGCUGGCAUUAUCACUGUCGACAAGUCGAACAUGCAAUCCGGUCGGGGUAUGACUCCUGUAUCUAGUUGUCGGAAUAUUUUUUCUGGGUAUGGCCUGAGUUCAGAUGGUAGCUGGAUCACUUUGGACGGACGGAAUUUUGUCUGGCUGCCGCCAGAAUUCCGACCCUAUUCUUCUGAGGUCCAGGUUUUGUUUGACUCUACAGUUGUGAUCGGCUGCCAUCCAGGAAGACUUAUCAUCAUGCGCUUCUCAGCAGACGAAUUUCAGAGAUCUAGCCUCAUAAGUUAA